AUGACCGAGGAAAGGCUCGUUACCGAGGUACCAAGUAGCUUAAAGCAACUAGCUAGGCUUGUUGUCAGAGGAUUUUAUACAAUCGAGGAUGCUCUAAUUGUCGACAUGCUGGUUAGAAAUCCUUGUAUGAAAGAAGAUGAUAUUUGUGAACUCUUGAAAUUUGAACGCAAAAUGCUUAGAGCCAGAAUAGCAACUCUAAAAAAUGAUAAAUUCAUACAGGUUCGGCUUAAAAUGGAAACUGGUCUGGACGGUAAAGCACAAAAAGUUAACUACUACUUUAUAAAUUACAAAACAUUUGUUAAUGUAGUAAAAUACAAAUUAGAUUUGAUGCGGAAACGUAUGGAAACUGAAGAACGUGACGCUACAAGUCGAGCUAGUUUUAAGUGUCCUUCAUGCGGCAAAACUUUUACAGAUCUAGAGGCUGACCAGCUCUACGAUAUGAUGACCCAAGAGUUCCGAUGCACAUUUUGUAAUCAAGUCGUCGAAGAAGACCAAUCGGCUCUACCAAAAAAAGAUUCGAGAUUACUACUAGCAAAAUUCAAUGAACAACUUGAAACUCUCUACGUAUUAUUAAGGGAAGUCGAGGGUAUCAAACUAGCGCCAGAAAUACUGGAACCGGAACCGGUGGACAUAAACACAAUAAGAGGGUUGACGUCCAAGCAACAGACGAACCGGCCGGGGGGCGAGCAAUGGUCCGGCGAAGCGACGCGCAACCAGGGCCUGGCGGUGGAGGAGACGCAAGUGGACGUCAUCAUCGGGGACACGGACACCACCGCCGACACCGCCGCGCAGCGCAAGGAGCGCCCCGUGUGGAUGGUGGAGAGCACCAUCGUCACCAACGACCAGGGCGACAGUGUUCAUUCUUCAGACAUGGCUCUCGAAAAGGCAGCCAGCAAUGCGUCGAAUACAAAAACAGCGGGAAAGGAGAAAAACGACGACAUUAUGUCCGUUCUUUUGGCACAUGAGAAACAAAACACAGGUCAUAAUGUUACAAAUACCUCGAAAGGAGCAGAACAGGACAGCUCCGAUUCAAGCGACAAUGAAUCUAAGGAUCCUUACAGACUGAGAGACGAAUUAGCUGCAGUGGCCGAGAUGGAAAGCGACGACUCCGAGUCCGAUGACAACGCGCCGACUGUAAUGGUGAAUGGGAAGCCUGUACCGUUAACAAGCAUAGACGAUGACGUCAUCGCACGUAUGACGCCCUCCGAGAAAGAGACGUACAUACAAGUCUAUCAGGAGUACUAUAGCCAUAUGUAUGAUUAGUGUUUAUCGUUUUAGAUGUCUCUAUGAACUGUGUAUGGAAUACAAUUAUACAAAUAAUAAAUUAAAUAAAAUAUGUUUUAUUGA